AUGGAAGACGACGAAGACCUUGCAGAGCCAUUCUGGCUCCAAACCGCCGACGGGCACCGCCGCCUCCGCCGUCGCCGCCAGCUCUCCUCCAUCUUCCUCAACUCCGGCCUCCUCCUCACUCUCCUCCUACUAAUCGCUUGCCUCUUAAUCUUCCUAAUCAUCCCUUCCUUCCUCUCCUACACCUCCCAAAUCUUGAGACCUCACUCCGUGAAGAAGUCCUGGGACUCGCUGAACUUGGUUCUCGUCCUCUUCGCCAUCAUCUGCGGCUUCCUGAGCCGAAACGGCGUCCAGCGGAGCAACAACGGCAGCGGCAGCUAUGAGCCAGCCGCUUCCGCCGCGAGGACUUCAGUCAGUUCUAGUUACUAUGAGGAUCAUCGAAGGUUUCAGCAAUCGGCUCUGGCGGAGAAGAUAUCGCGGAGACUCGGCGAUUACGAGCGGUAUCAGGAUCGAUUUAAUCACUCUGCUGGCGGUGGAGGUAUGAGUAGACUGAGGAGCAUCAAUUCGUAUCCAGAUCUGAGGCAGGAAUCGUUGUGGAGCGGCGGUGGUGAUGCUGCUGGAGAUGAUCGGUGGCGGUUUUAUGAUGAUACGCACAUUAGGGAUUACAGUUACAGAUUCCCUUCCUCUUCCGCCGAUGAAAUCCUCCGCCACCGCGAGGUUGCUAAGGAAGAAGAAAUGCCGGUGGCGGAUGUGAAGGAGAGCGAGAAAGAGAAGGAGAUUGCGGUGGAUACGGUUACGGUAGUGAAGGAGGAGGUAAAGGAGGAGGAAGUGAUGGCGGCGGCGGAUCCGUCAGAUCCGCCUCCUCCUCUGCUUCCGCCCGCUCCUUCAUCUCCGCCGCUGCCACCGCCUGCGAAAGCGGCGAAGAGGAAAGUGCAGAGGACGUAUCGAUCCGUCGGUCAAUCGAGAAGUAGCGAUGGCCGCGAGGAGAGAGAGAUGGACAUCGAAGAUUUCUACAAACGACCGCCGCCGUCGUCGUCUCGGUCUCCGCCGCAGAAGGCUGUUAGUAGAAGGAGAGUUAAGAGGAAUGUUAAUCGACCGGAGUUUGUGGAGAGCAUUAAAGAAGAAGAAGAGGAAGAAAAGACUGUGGUGGAAGAAGUCAAGUACGUCUAUCUGCCGCCACCAUCGCCUCCGCCUCCUCCUCCGCCUCCGCCUCCAGAGAAGAAGAAGAAGACAAGUAAGGAUUUCUUGAUUUCUCUGAGAAGGAAGAAGAAGAAGAAGCAGAGGCAAAAUAGCGUCGACAAUCUCGCGAGCUUGUUCGAUCCGGAGUCCGAAUUUCCGCCGACGCAAUCAGAAUCCUCCAUUCCGCCGCCGUCGCCUCUGCCACCGCCUCCUCCCCCGCCGCCUCCGCCGCAGCAUUUCCUGCAAAAUCUGUUCUCUCCUAGGAGAGGGAAGUCCAAAAAAGUCCACUCAGUCUCACUCGCUCCACCGCCGCCGCCGCCCCUUCCACCUCGUCGACGAGCUGCUGAUUCAACAGAAGUCCACCUCUCCAGAAGCGUCCAGCGCUCAAUGGACCAUCCGUCCGUAUCCCGGGCCAAAUCGGAACGAGCUCAGGUUCCUGCAUACGUAAUUUCGAACCGAGAGGAGCCAGGGAACGCGUCGCCAUUGAUUCCGAUACCGCCUCCGCCUCCACCGCCGCCGUUCAAGAUGCCAGCGUGGAGGUUCGAGGUUCGCGGUGAUUACGUCAGAGUAGCCAGCUUCAACAGCUCGCGAAGCGGAUCACCUGAUUUGGAAAGUGAGGAUCCCUCCGACAGGGAGUCCAGUCCGAUGGCCGGUGGAUCGCCGGCGGCGACGGCGGGAUCGCCGUUGUUCUGCCCGAGUCCCGACGUGGACACCAAGGCCGAUAAUUUCAUCGCCAGGUUUAGAGCUGGUCUAACGUUGGAGAAGGUGAAGUCCAAUCUCGGCCCAGGAGUAGGAGAAGGCCCAAUUUGA